UCCACCAACCGACCGAGCAUCUUCGUGCUUGAAAGCGUAUCCAGCAAGCGCGCAGUACACCCACCACCCUCUUUCCCUCUUUCUUUCUUUUCCACAUCAUGCGGGCAUCACGGAUCCUCACCGCAACCCUCAUCGCCGUCGCCCCCGCGACCAUCCUCGCCGAUGGGCUCACUGCCUUGCCCGGUGUGCAUGACAGCAACCAACACGCCACGCGCGGCCUGUCCCACUCGCAACCGGCUCAGCCCAUCAGGCGACGAAGAGCAGCUGCAGUAGUAGCAGCAGCACCAGGCGGCGAUAGCGGCGUUUUCGUCAAGCGCCUCGGAGUAGGUUUUCCUGGGGGCAACGACUCUUCGACCGCUGCCGCAUCGGCAAGCAGCUCCUCAUCUGCGGCAUCAGCAUCCUCCUCGUCCGCAGCGGCCGCGUCAUCGUCCAGCGCAGCCGCGUCGUCGUCCAGCGCGGCAGCCGCGUCGUCCUCAUCAAUCGCCGCGCAGCUGUCCUCGAACUCCGCGGAAUCCGCGUCGCUCGCCUCGGUUGCGGCGUCGCUUGCGGCUGCGUCGGCAAGUGCUGCUUCGGCGUCGUCGAGCUCCGCCUUCUACGCCACCGCACAGUUGGCCGUGACGGUGAUCUCGUCGACGCCGACGCCGACGGGCAACGGCGACUCGUCCGGCUCGGGCUCCUCUGGCAGCCAUACAGGCCUUAUCAUCGGCGUCUCGGUCGCCGGCGGCGUCGCGCUGAUCGCGCUACUCGCCUUCCUCUACUUCAAAUUCGGCAACAAGCGUUUCAGCGGAUACGACUACGACGAGAACGACAUCAAGUGGCCCGAGCUCAAGGCCGACAACGACGGCACUGGCGCCGCCAUGCAGCCGCUCCCCGCGCGGCGCACCGGCGGCGCCGGCUUCGACAUGGGUGACGAGCUGUCCGACGAUGGGCUUGACGGCGCCGCUGGAGUUGUCGGCGGCAGCGGCCCCAUGAGUGGCGGGCAGCACGGCGAAAUGGACGAAAAGUACGCAGGACGUAGCAGCUUCACCGGCUCCACCACCGCCCUGUCCGCCGCGCCACCCGUUGGCUACCCGGUCAAUGGCGUCGGAUACACGCCAUCGGGCUAUGACGCGCAGUCUAGCAUGGCGCACACCGCCUACAGCUCUGCACCGGGCGGCGUCGUACCCGGCGGAUAUGACCAGGCUGGCUACAGCGCCGGCUAUGCCAACUACGCCACCGGCGCGCCCGGCGCCGACUAUGGGCAUCACGGCGGCGUUGGCUACGCUGGCGGGUACGGCGCUGCUCCCGGGUACAGCGGCCACGACAUGGGCGGCGGCGGGCAGGUCAGCGCCGCGCUAGACCCCGCGAGUGGCGGCGGCUACAUAGACCCGCAUUACGCGCACGACCUCCAGUCCGCUCAUGGCUUUGCCGACCCGUACGGCCGCAUCACUGCGACACCGACCGGGUACGAUGCGUACGGCAACCCGCGCAUGUGACGAGGGACAGGCACGC